AGACCACCACCACCCUCCAGUCGCCCUAUAAAUACGCCACCGCCGCACACCACUUCAGCCAUUCUCAUCUUCUCUUCGUCCUCCUCUCUCCUUUCCGUGCUCAGCUUGCUAUAGCUCCCGUCUCCACCUCCAACGAGGCCAAGAAGCACGCGUACGUGUAGCAGGCUGGCGGCAAUGGCGCGGUGCCUGGUGUUCAUGCUGCUGUUCCUCAUCUCCUCGCUCAUCUCGACCGUGGGGCUCCCCGUCGAGCCGCCCGCGGAGCUGCUGCAGCUCGGCGACGUCGGCGGCGGCGGCCGCCUCAGCAUCGACGCGUCCGACAUCCAAGAGGCGUCGCGGGACUUCGGCGGCGUCGCCCGUGCCGAGCCCGUGGCGGUGUUCCAGCCCCGUGGCGCCGGCGACGUGGCCCGCCUGGUCCGCGCCGCGUACGGGUCGGCGCGGGGGUUCCCCGUCUCGGCGCGCGGCCACGGCCACUCCAUCAGCGGGCAGGCGCAGGUGCCCGGCGGGGUGGUGGUGGACAUGAGCCAUGGCCCCGGCGCCGCGGCGCGGGCAUUGCCCGCCUACUCGGCGGCGCUGGGCGGGCACUACGUGGACGUGUGGGGCGGCGAGCUGUGGGUGGACGUGCUCAACUGGACGCUCUCCCACGGCGGGCUCGCGCCGCGGUCGUGGACGGACUACCUCUACCUGUCCGUGGGCGGCACCCUCUCCAACGCCGGCAUCAGCGGGCAGGCCUUCCACCACGGCCCCCAGAUCAGCAAUGUCUACGAGCUCGACGUCGUCACAGGCAAGGGCGAGGUGGUGACCUGCUCGGAGACGGAGAACCCGGACCUCUUCUUCGGCGCGCUCGGCGGACUGGGCCAGUUCGGCAUCAUCACGCGGGCGCGCAUCGCCCUCGAGCGUGCUCCCCAAAGGGUUCGGUGGAUCCGGGCGCUCUACUCCAACUUCAGCGAAUUCACGGCGGACCAGGAGCGCCUCAUCUCCCUCGGCGCCGGCGUCCGCCGGUUCGACUACGUGGAGGGCUUCGUCGUCGCCGCCGAGGGCCUCAUCAACAACUGGCGCUCCUCCUUCUUCUCGCCGCAGAACCCGGUGAAGCUCAGCUCGCUCAAGCACCACUCCGGCGUGCUCUACUGCCUCGAGGUCACCAAGAACUACGACGACGCCACCGCCGCAUCCGUCGACCAGGACGUGGACGCGCUGCUGGGCGAGCUAAACUUCCUCCCGGGCACGGUGUUCACGACGGACCUGCCGUACGUGGACUUCCUCGACCGCGUGCACAAGGCGGAGCUGAAGCUGCGCACCAAGGGCAUGUGGGAGGUGCCGCACCCGUGGCUCAACCUCUUCGUGCCGGCGUCCCGCAUCGCCGACUUCGACCGCGGCGUCUUCCGCGGCAUCCUCGGCGGCCGCACCGCCGGCGCCGGCGGGCCCAUCCUCAUCUACCCCAUGAACAAGCACAAGUGGGACCCGAGGAGCUCGGUGGUGACCCCGGACGAGGAGGUGUUCUACCUGGUGGCGUUCCUGCGGUCGGCGCUGCCAGGCGUGCCGGAGAGCCUGAGCACGGAGGCGCUGGCGCGGCAGAACCAGAUGAUCCUCGACUUCUGCGAGGAGGCCGGCAUCGGGGCCAAGCAGUACCUGCCCAACCACAAGGGGCAGCACGAGUGGGCGGAGCACUUCGGCGCCGCGAGGUGGGAGCGGUUCGCGCGGCUAAAGGCCGAGUUCGACCCCAGGGCCAUCCUGGCCACGGGGCAGGGCAUCUUUCCGCCGCCCGGCUCGCCGGCGCCCGUCUCCGACUCGUAGGCAGGCAGGCUCAUGGCGGUGAUCGAGCUGCUACUGAUUGUUUAGGCGCGUGUAGGUAGUUACAGCAGUAACCAUACGAGGCAGAUUAUUUAGUUGGUUAUAUUAGUAGGUAGCUCUGGUUGAUGUACAAAUGUGGGUGGUUGAUGAUCACGUGGUGGCAUAGCUGUUGUGAACCUGUGAUUGGGUCUCUGUAUAGGGCAGUUAAAUGUCAAUGUGGCAGGUGAAAAUUUUUUGAUUGUAAAUACCGGCGCCUGCCUCCGUUUCCUUUUUC